AUGGCCGAGACAGAGGCCGAGAAGUAUGAGGUCUUGAGCAAGAUCGGUCAAGGAUCAUUUGGCAUUAUCAGAAAGGUCCGCAGAAAGAACGAUGGCCUUAUUCUUUGCCGAAAAGAAAUAUGUUAUACCCGCAUGUCACCGAAGGAGCGCGAACAGCUCUCGGCCGAGCUGGACAUCCUACGAGGUCUUCGCCAUCCCAACAUUGUCGCCUACUACGAGAAGGAACAUCUGAAGGCUUCACACGACUUGCACCUUUACAUGGAAUACUGCGGCAAUGGAGACCUGGGUAUGAUGAUUAAAGAUCUCAAGGCUCGCAACGAAUACGCCGAUGAAGAGUUUGUCUGGACCAUCUUUGCACAACUGGUUAGCGCUCUGUAUCGCUGCCAUUACGGCGAGGACCCACCAGACGUCAACAGCAAUGCUCUCGGCCUCACCAAGAACGCACUUCCCCUGAAGAGUAAGCAGGCACACAAGAUGAUCCUUCACCGUGAUCUGAAGCCCGAGAAUGUCUUCCUUGGUGAGGGCAACGCAGUCAAGCUUGGUGAUUUCGGACUGUCCAAGAUCAUCCUUUCUCACGACUUCGCUUCCACCUAUGUCGGCACUCCCUUCUACAUGUCGCCCGAAAUCUGCGCUGCCGAACGCUACUCACUAUACUCGGACAUUUGGUCACUUGGCUGCAUCGUAUACGAGCUCUGCACCAGGGAACCUCCGUUCAAUGCCCGCACCCACCUCGAACUCAUCCAGAAGAUCAAACUCGGCAAGGUCGCUCCGUUGCCACGCAUAUACUCCAAGGAACUUUCAGAUGUCAUUUCUGCCUGUCUCCAAGUCAAUCCCAAUUCAAGACCCGACACGGCCAGUCUCCUCAACUUGCCCAGAGUCAAGCUCGUACGAAAGACGCAGGAAGGCGUCAUGGUUCUACAACAACACAUCACGGCGAAGGAGAAUGCCAUUGCCGCAUUAAAGUCGGCACAAGAGAAGAUCGCGCGAUUGGAAGCCGAGAAACACACCAUGCACGAUCAAAUAGACAAACAGCUGAGACUGGAGUGGGAGACAAAGGCUCAUCUCGAGAUUAACCGCCAGAUGGACGUUGCAGGAGAGAGACUACGAGAUCACUACAGACAGCUCUUUGAGCAGCAGGUCGAAGAAGAGGUCGAGCGAAGACUUGCGUCCCUGCCAUCAUCGCGCACCAGCUCGGCAAACUCGGACCCCGCUGAGCCGCUGAAGCGCUCGUCAACACCUACACAGCUCCUGGAAGAUUCCCCUUCGCUCGUCACCAUAGGAGAGGCCGACGAAGAGGGUCCUUCUCUCAAUGCUCUUACCCUGGAGGACUCGCCGCUUGUCCAGAGACACAAGCCUAUGCGAUCGUCCAAUCGUACUCCUUUCACUCGUGCAAAGACUUUCGCUGGCCACAACGAGGUCGCACCUAGUCCCAUGGACAUUCAAAUGGCGGAUCCUAGCCCCAUGAGCAUCGCCUCGCUCGCGCUAUCCCCACGCAGGAAUGCACCUCUCGAGGGAAGCAAGCUGAGGCAACCAGCUUUCAAGGGCCCCAACAUGUUUGAUCGUGCGACCCGUGAAAGCAAUCUUGCUCUGUUCCCAGAGGAUACCGAAGACGAUGAUACUUUCGGCUCUGAUGGCGGUUCUCCAAUCAGAUCUAGACCUAGCAGCAGAGAGAACGACCCCUUCAAGGUUCUCGCUCAGCCUUCGAGACCAGCCGUGUCAAGGCAAAAGACCAUGCCCACACAGCUACAAUCUCGUUUGAAGUCAGUACCCAAUCUGGCACCCAGCACUAGACGCGCUGCAGCGUCGCCUAGUCGCUCUCCCAUGAACAAGGGUCUGCCAAUCAGCCCUAGCAGAAGAGCGCCCGCAAUCCCAUCUCAGCCUUCUAAGACGGCGCUGGCAACAAAGAAGGGCGCCAAGGGCGACGACAUGCUCAAGACUGUCCACCGCAACAACUUGCAGCAAGGUAUCCAAGGCCGCACCCUGGUGGAGCUGGCGCAGGCUAGAGGUAUCUCCAGCCCCUCUACUAGCAUGGAGGUACCCAAGGUGUCGUCCAAGGCGACUCUCGACAGAGAGCCCUUGUGGGAUCCCGAACGUGACGAGAUGCCCUCACCUUUCCUGAUCAAGACUCGUAGAGUCGGAAUCAUGCCUCGCUAA